GAUUCCGCCUGCUGCGUCCCUUUCCGAUCUUUACAUGGACAGGCAGGCGCCUCUGAGCUGUCUCACUCGUUUCGUAAACACCCUCUAUAUAAAAACCCUAGCCUGAGACCCUCACAGGUGCUAGCAACUGGCGUUACAACAGCUAGAUCGAGCCGGCUCGAGAGAAGUUUUAGUUCAGCAAGAGAGAGCGAGGGACGGAGGGAGAAGCGUUUUCUCUCUGAUCGUCGGAUCCGGGAUCCAUGGAGCUGGAGGCUGCCGCGCCGGCGUUGACGAGGAGGGACGGCCGGAAGCUGGCGAGGUGCCCGCGGCUGCAGCUGGGCACCGAGACGGUCGCGGCCAUCGAGCAGUCCACGGGGGAGAGCGUCGCCGCCGACGCGGCCGCCGAGCGGGGCGCGGGGCCCGGGAUGCGCGUCAAGAUCGUGCUCAGCAAGCAGCAGCUCAAGCAGGUGGCCGCGGCCGUCGCGGGUGGCGGCGGCGGAGGAGGAGGAUUCGCGCUGCCGCCGGCGCUGGAGCAGCUCGUCAGCGUGCUCAAACGGCAGCACGCCAAGAAGCUGGCGGCGGCCGACGUGGUGGCCGCCGCGAGGCGCCGGGACCGGUGGUCGCCGGCGCUGCAGAGCAUCCCGGAGGAGUGCUUUUAGCUAGGCGCGUGCCUUCGUGCAGUGUUCCUUCCACUAGCUCUUUGCGUGUAUAGCUCUCUCCUGAUCUUCGUCUUCCUCCCGCUGGAAUGCAACCAGCCAAUUUGAUUGGGCCAAAAUGAGCGCCCAAUGGUUGCAUCCCAACUUUGAAAAUGUCACAUAUUUUUUAUCUGGCAUUUGGAUCUGUAACGAUCCGGUCCGGGAUAACGGCUAAGAUCUACUCUGCACGUUG